AUGCACAAUUUAGGUGAAAUAAUGACCUCUUGGAGAAACGUGUUCGAUCAAGUUUUACAUACUUUUGGUGGUUGGCCUUCUUUAGAAUCUUCAUCUCAACCUAAUAUUAGAAUAAGAAUUGAGCGACUUUAUGGAAUUAUGGUUUCAAAGUUUCGCGCAGAUUCACUUUUUAAAGCAACAGUUCAACCAGACGACAAAAAUUCUGACAAACAUAUUUUGCUGAUAGACCAACCAGCACUUAAUCUGUUUGCUCGUGACUUUUAUAUGCUUACUGAGACGGAAGUUGAACGGCUAGCUUACCGAACUCUUAUUCGUGAUGUAUUGGUGCUACUUGGAGCAGAUCAUCGGAUAGCAGAAAGAGACUCUCUCGAAGUUCUUCAAUUUGAAACCGAACUCGCAAAUAUAACAGUGUCUGAGGAUCAAAGACAUGAUGUUUCUGAACUUUAUACAAAAUAUACAAUUGGAGAGAUUAAAGAAAGAUACCCAAAUUUUGAUUGGCUCUUAUUUUUCAAUACAAUAUUUGAGAAUAUUAAUGAACAAAAGGGAAAAAAUCCUAUACAAUUUGGACAUGAUGAACCGAUAGUUAUAUAUGGAGCUGAGUUUGUUGCAAGACUAGACAAAUUAUUACCAACAUUCGAGCCUAGAGUUGUUCAAAAUUACCUAACUUGGUGUUGGUUCUUUAAAGCAAUGCUUAGAGAUUUGCCUGAUCCUUUUGCUUUAACUAUGUUUAAAUUCUACAGAACACUUAAUUUAAUGAUGGUACAAAAACUAAGAUGGCAUGGAUGUGUUACUCGAGUUAAUAGUUUAAUGCCUAUGGCAACAUCAAGUAUUUAUGUAAAACAUCAUUUUGAUAAUGAAGCAAAAGCACAAGUUGAAGAAAUGAUUGCCUUGGUGUUUCUUAUUUUUUAA